UCAACGAAGCGUUAUCUUUGUGUCAAAACAGGAAGUAAAUAUUGAAGUUUAAAAUGGCGUCUGGUGGGAGUGAACAUUCGUCCGACGAGAUUUUUAAUUUCAAAUGUUUGCCUUGUUUGGACGAUAAACGAAAUAGAGAAGCUGCGAAAUACUGUGUGGAAUGUCAGGGAUACUAUUGUCAAUCAUGCGCCGACAUGUAUCACAAAAUGCCGGGAUUAAAGAGUCACACAUUUUUGGAUCAGACAAAUUACAAGUCGUCAAGUGGCAUCGGAGGAUUGCCAGCAAUACCCACUCAGAGAUGUAGCGUUCAUGAGACAAAGAUAGUAGACAUGUAUUGUGGUAAUCACGACGAGGUUGGUUGUACAACUUGCAUGGCGCUAAUCCACAGGUUGUGCUCUGGCGUAAAGUCAAUUCCGGAUAUUGUUGACAAAGCACACAACACACAAGACAUCAAAAAGUUAAACGAAAAAUUGAAAGAUUUAAAAAAGUUGAAAGAAAAAUUAAUUGAUACUAAACGAGCUCAACGAGAAGAUUUAAAGGAAUCUAAAUUUGAUGCGAUAAGAGAAAUUAAAAACUAUCGUGAAGAACUCGACGUCAUCUUAAACAACAUCGAGGAAGACUCGAUAGCCGAGGUUGAAAAAAUAUUUCAAGAAGUUGACUCGGAGCUUUUCCAAGAGAAUACAGUUACAGAAGACGAAAUAGCUCGCCUUGAACAAUUGUUGAAUGAUUUGAAACAAUCAGAGGGUAACAAGGCCCAGCAGUUUGUGUCAAUGAAAAUAUCUUCUUCAUACAUUUCAAAGAUGAACGACGCAACUUUUCCCGAAAAAUCCAGUUUUGAGACGAGGAUUACUAUCAAUGUUGAUCCUAAGAUAAAAAGCACUCUUCAAAAUCUCAAAACGUUCGGACGUGCUCUAAGACCAUCAACAAAAACAAAAGUCUGGACAGUGGAAUGUAUUAAAGAUUUAGAUAUCCGCCUUCAAUCUGAAGUGAAUACAGUUGUGUAUGGAACAUGUUUAACAACAGAUGGAUUCUUACUUAUUGCUGAUUGUCAAAAUAAAAAACUAAAGCGUGCAGAUAUACAAAAUAUGAUUGCAAAAGAAUAUUGUUCACUUCCUGGAUCGCCAUGUGAUGUGUGUUGUACAAGUGAUACUGAAGCUGCAGUCAGUUUGAGCGAUAAAUCAGUUCAAUUUGUCGCUCUAAACAGCCAGCUUCUACUCACAAGAAAUAUCAAAUUUAACCACAUGUGUUUGGGCAUUGCAUGUAACGAUCAGAAACUGUAUUUAACUGACAAUGGUAGCUCCUUAUACAUGUAUGAUUUAACAGGUACUUUUUUGCAAGUUGUUACUCAAGACAAUAAUGGAAAGAAUAUAUUCUCCUGCACGCGACAUAUUGCUUUUAGUGAUGUGGAUGAUAAAAUGUUUGUUGCAAGUUGGAAUGGUCUUAUUUCCUUGGACGGAAAAGGGAAUUACUGUCAGACAUUUACUGAUCCUGAAUUGAAGUCUGUGUCAAGUGUUUGUACCAAUGGAAUAGGAGCUUUGUUUGUAUCCGGGUAUAGUUCGGAUAAUGUAAUACAAUUUGACAGCAGUAUGAAGAAAAUGGGCGAAGUCAUUAAGCCAUCAGAUGGAUUAAGAAAUAUUUAUUCAGUUUGUUUUGACAAAAGAAAACGUGCAUUAGUUAUUACAGGAGACAGAUGCAAUGUUGUCAAAGUUGCUUUUUUGAAGUAAAAUUUAUUUCAACUUGUUGAAUGUCAGUAAAUGCAGAGGAAGGAACAUAUAUAUUAUUACUAUCCUUAUUUUCGUUAAUAUUAUAUUUCCUUUACAAAGGUGCGAACUAUAUUUGUCCGUUUUCAAAAGAAUAUGUAUGCUCAAUGUGCUCAAAAACGUUCUAUUUAUAUAAAAAAAUGGCAAAGAAAUGGUAAUUUCUCAAAUUUUAAGAAGACCGUUUAAAAUGUAAUCUGAUGCACCUUCGUAUAUAUACCUUUAUUAAUUUAAUCAUCGUAAAUAUUUGUGUUGAAAAGUAGCAUUCUAAAAAAGUAUAGAUGAUCUCGAAAGCCAUGUAUAUUGAAACAAAUGGGUUUCUGUAGAUCUUUUAAAAUGAAACAAGCCAAAAUGUACAAAAUAUUUAAUACUGUGAUUUGUUUUCAUAAAAACUUGGAAAAAACUCUAAUCAUCCCUUGCCUCACCUUAUCUUAAAACGAUGCAAAGAUUUUUGAUAUGUCUAUAAUGUAAUAAAGCACAUUGAUACCAUACAAAAAUAAAAGUCUUGAAAAUGGGAGAUCAUUCGAGAGAAAUACAAAACACUAUCAAAAAGGUCAAAUUUCAGAUUCAGAAAAUUGAAAAUUUAUCUCGAAUUAAAACAAGAACACAACCUACAAAGAACCAUAGUUCUUUGAUAAAACAGUGAGCAUUUUUUUGAAAAUGAUAGCAUUUUUCUUCAUAUUGCAGUUUCUCAUUUCCAUAUAUUAUCACCAUAAAUGUGACCAUGGGCGACUCACAAAUAAAAGUCAAAUUAGUC